UGCGGUCGCCCACUUGAGGUCUCACUACCUCCUUUUAAAUUUUCAGCACAAAUACAGCAGAUGCUUGGAGCUCAAGUGAAAAUCACUGAUAUGCCGUUCGCUGUCUCAAACGCUCAACAACUCAAUACGAUUGUAUGGACAAUGCUCGGUACGACAACGAAGGAGACAAUCUACUGUGUUUCUGAAGCUCCCGUCAGUCAACUGCGAUUUGUCUGCAUCGACUGUCUGGAAAAGAACAUUACCGAUAUGGCAAACGUCCUUAAUUCUGCUCAGGAUCACACUCGAAGUGCUGGCUUUCCGACUGUGGCGCUGAGCAAUAUCGCUGUGAAUACGAAUUGGACUGGUGCCACUAUUAUGUGUCAAGCAGCUCUUAACGGAGGCACUGUUGACUCACAACCGGCUACCAUAGACGUGCGUUAUUUACGUCAACCACAUGUGGUUGACGCAAGUGGUCAAGGACCAGUGCUAAUCGCCAAUCAAGGCUACCGAUUUUACGUAGAAUGUGCUCGUGGAGCCGACGGACUCUGUCAACAAAGUGGACGGCGGAAGACGCUUCGUUGCGCUGUUCAAUCCCAUCCACCGGCAACAGUGUUCCGGUGGUUGAAAAAUGGAGUCGUAACAAGUGGCAACGGUGCAGAAAUCACUAUUGGGACGGAGAUGAUCGGACAAAGUAUUCAAUGUCAAGCGAACAACGGUCUCUAUUCAGACACGGAAAUGGCGACCAGCCAAGCCGUUCAGAUCGAUCCCUAUUCAUCUGCUCGCCUUAUACAAGACAACUUCGCUACGCUGCAAUCAGCGGCACCAUUUCAAGCCGGUAAUCGUCUUGAAAUGAACCAACAGAUAAAUCUCGGUUGUCAAGUUGAAGGCAAUCCACGUCCAGUAGUAUUUUGGAAAUUGCGUAAAUCGAACGGACAGGUUGUUGACGCUCCUUGUGCUCAAGGAUUCGACGGACAAUACCAGGAGGUCACCGAUUCACCACUCAUUAUCUAUAAUCUGCAGCGACUCAAUGCUAUAUGCUCGUUUCGCGUCUCAAAUUACUCUCUAUCUGGACAGUACUGGUGUUCUGCCUGUUCUUAUGUGAGCCAAGGAGCACCAGAGUGUUCACCUGCACUAGAGACUCCCGGUACGAAUACGCUGAAUAUUCAAGUCACUGGUCCACCGAUGCAGUCAGACACACAGCCCACUAUAGAGCAGACCCACGGAAACAACAACGCUGUGGUGACUGUGCAUUAUUGCGCUGAACCGAUGCCUAGGCCACCAAGAGAAGUCAUCUUCAGUAUUGACAAAAACGAUCUACAGAUUGGUCAAUCUUGGGAGAACUUUCGUUUUGAAAGUACGACACAAAACAACACAGUUCCAAACUGUUAUCUUGCUCGAUUGAAUGUAGCUCCAGUUCGAGAAGAGGAUCAAUAUAGAUUGAUCGAGUUACGGCUGCAAAACCAAUAUGGAAGCAAAGUGAUGCCCGUUUCGUUGGAAGCGUUGCUGGGUGGUGGAGCAGCAAGUGGCGCUCGAAUUUCUGGAUGGUGGAUCGCCUUCUUUAUUUUGAUAGCCAUUUGCCUUGCCCUGAUCUGCUGUGUGGCAUUUUGUGUUAGACGUGGAGUACUCUGUUUUAAUAGUAAGUUUGUGAAGUCGAAUAUAACCCAUUGGGUCAAAGAAGAAUCCGACUACGAGCCGAAGGCUAAAGCGAAGUAG